AUGGCUUCGGCACCACAACUUGAAAUUGAGAAAAAAGAAGGCGUACCGGUUGAAGAAGAUGGUACAACAGGAAAAGCUGCUAUGGAUUCAAAAAGCACUUUAAAAGAACAAGAAGAGGGUGCCAAACUUCAUCCUACAACAAACGAAAAUGUUACUCCAGGAAGUAAUUUAUUGGGACAUCAAGAUUCAGCUCAACCGGGAAUCAGACCUGGAGAUGUUGCGGGAAAAGCGGGAGGAACGUCAUCAAAAUAA